UCAGAGCGCUUCUGAAAGAGAAGAGAGGGGGCGGGGUUUGGACAUCAAUGAUUCUGCCCAGAACCCUGAAGUAAAGAGAGAGCGGUGUUGAAGCUUUUCAUUUUAUCCGAACAGUGCCUUGCAUGUGGUUAGGGUGUACAACAGUUUUUUGUGUAGGACACGAGCUCGAUGGUCCAUGCAUAAACAAAGAGGGCAGACGGACAACCGGAGAUAAUGGUCCCCAGCCAGAACCACUUAUAGACAACCGUUGCGCUGUUCUGUUCAUGUUUUACCCAGCCAGAAGCGGUCUGAGUUGACAGGGCAGCCACCGCGCUUUCGGUUACAGACUCAGUCUUCUUUCCAUAGCUUUCCAUCGAUAUUUUCACCUUGUCUCUUCCUCGCCAUGGGGUGUUCUUCGUCCAGCACACAGACGGUCGAUCAGGAGAAGAGACCCGGGACGAAGCCCGAAGAGGCCAAUGGAGACACAUUUGUCGGAAAUGGUCACAUCUCAGAGGACACGGAGACCAUCGCAGACCAGAUGCAGCUUCCUGUCCAGAGUGCCUUGCCAGAUGACUUCCUGCCAGGGAGUGGGGAUGACUCAGAAGAGCCCGUCACCAUGGGCACCGAAGCUCUGGAAACCACAGGCUCCGGAGAGGAGGAUGACCAGGUCCCGACGGUGCUGCCUACAGCUGGGCCUCAGGUUUCCCUGGAAGUUGAAGGCAUGGAGGCGACUGUCCCCCCAGAGGAUGUGGCCCCUCUGGAGAAAGUCACAGACGAGGCUGUCCCCGACGCAGAGGCAGAGGCUCCAGCCACCGUUGUGUCCGGGGAGGCUGGGCCGCUCACGGAUGACCCUGCUGCCCCCGCGGAUGACCCUGCCGCCCCCGCUGAUGACACUGCCGCCCCGGUCGAUGCGGCCCCGGUUGAGCUAGCGCUGGUAUCUGAAACUGUCCCAGAGCCAGCACCCAGCGUGGUAGAGACUCCAGCCCUAACGGAGACACCUACAGCUGUCGAAGAGACCAAAGAAGCCCCUGUUACCGCUGCCCCUGAGCCAGUCGCCCCCGCGGCGGACACUGCUGUUGCUGCCGUCGCCCUGGCAGCCCCUGCCGCCGAGGCAGCCGCGCCCUGUGCUGACUUAACCGGACCUGUUGCUGCUACUGAGCCCGCCAAAGAGCCAGCAACCACAGAUGUGGCGGUAGAGGCCCCUGUGGCUGUAGAGGCCCCUGUGGCUGUAGAGGCCCCUGUGGCUGUAGAGGCUCCAGUGGCUGUAGAGGCUCCAGUGGCUGUAGAGGCUCCAGUGGCUGUAGAGGCUCCAGUGGCUGUAGAGGCCCCGGCACAAGUAGAGACCCCAGUGGCUGUAGAGACCCCAGUGGCUGUAGAGGCUCCAGUACCAGUAGAGGCUCCAGUACCAGUAGAGGCCCCAGCUCCAGCACCGGUAGAGGCCCCAGUACCAGUAGAGGCUCCAGUACCAGUAGAGGCCCCAGCUCCAGCACCGGUAGAGGCCCCAGCUCCAGCACCGGUAGAGGCCCCAGUACCAGUAGAGGCUCCAGUACCAGUAGAGUCCCCGGCACCAGUAGAGGCCCCAGUACCAGUAGAGGCCCCAGGUGUUCCCGUGGUCCUGACUGAGGUGGCUCAGCAAGCGGCAGCAUUAGUGUUGGCUGAGGUUGCGCAGGAAACGGAGAAUGCCAAAAAACUGGAUUAAGAGAACCCCUGUUGCCAUGGAAACAGAAUAUACUCGACAAAACUUGUUUCAUUCUCAAUGAAGAGCCUUGGGAAUGACCACAAACCCAAAUACCAUUUACUUAAAAACGCCCACUGGAAUACAAACACACCUUUACUACUGUACCCAUCUCACGCACACACACACCAAAAAUAGAAGUACUUCUAAACGACAACCAACUUUCAGAAUAUACUUCUGGGGGAACAGGGAACCAUUGGAAACGUGCCGUUGUUCUUUUAACUCCAUUGUGCCUUUUCUACCAUCCUGUAAAUCUCGAUGGAUCCCUUUCCCUAAUCCAUUGUAAAUAUAGUCCUUUUCCCUCAGUAGGAAUUGUAAAAGGGAUCCACCAUGUGCCUGAAGUCACCUGUGCUUCCAAAGGAACGCUAUCCGGUAGACAGGUGUGGUGAAGCUACAAAAAUAUGAAUGCACUAGUUUAGCAACCACUGUGAACCCCAGGUUCAGAUGCAGUCAGACCACGUUGUCACUUUAACACAGAUUUCAGAUUUCUGAAACAAGGCCCCCCGAGGUUUGGGGUGCUCAGACACUGUAGGAUGUGUAGAACAGUAGGAAAUCAGCUUUAAAACAUGUUCAUUUAGCCUUUUAGUACAAUGUGACAUUUAUUUUCUUUGCACCAUAGCAAAAAAAAAAAAAUGAAAACCAGGAGGAGGUUUGUCGUUUUCCAUUAAUUAGCACUGGAACCCCAAAUGCGACGGUCCGGCCCUGCUUGAAGUCCUCAAUGUUGAGUCACCAUUGUUUUUAACACAUUCCCGGGAGUUCCAUAAUAUUAAAUCCAUACUACUUCUUUACUUUCACUAGCAGCUCAGAAAGGAGGAACACAAGCCAAACUAUGUAACAGCUGUGAACAAAACUGCUGCUCUUCUAAACAAGACUAGCACUUAACCAUGAGGUGGGAGGAAGGAACCCUUGACAGUGCCUUAUUAAACCCUGCUAAUGUGGAACUAUUGAAUGAAUGAUUAUUUCAGAAAGGUUAUUUAACCAGUAGGUGUGUGGUGAACUAGUUAAGGUUUAACAGUAGACCAGUAGUGUACAGUUUAAUAUUAGUACGAAAAAUACACUGUUACAUGCAUGUUAGUCUUUGUUACCUUGUUUCUAUACUUCAUUACAUGAGAAAUAAUGAGGCAUAAUUCGUAUGUAUGUUUGCUGGGAAUUGUGUCCCUGUGUACUCCAAUACCUGUUUGCCAAUUAAUGUGCCAAAGCUUGUGCAAAGACAAGGAGUGGCAAGGACUGGAAUGUUAGCUAGAGACCAGUGGUUAUCGUGACCUAUGCAGGAGAAAUUUAUGUAUUUACCAAAUGUAGCUUCAGAAUGGCAAACCAUAUGACAGACCGUUGAAAGGUUUAGAUCUCUACGUUUGUUUUUUCACAACAUUUUAGGGGGAACCAUCAGUUGUAGGUUUUCCGCAUUGAGCGCCUGAAUAAUCUGUCAGCUUCAUUCGUAGAACACACUCUGGAGCGAUUGCUGCCACACCCCACCAGCUGUCCAACCUUAUACCACCACCUCAGGCUAGAAUUCACAGAAUACCAAGUGUUCUGGACAUUCUAGAACAACCACCGAGCAGCUUCAUACCUGGCUAACAUUUUCGGAGGGCUCAGUCAGCAAACCUCCUGCUGACCUUAACAACGGCUCUGAAUACACGCGACGGGAGACGCUUGACUGUGGCCUGGACUUAAAGUGGUGAACGCCUUUGAUUUUGGUUUGUUAGUGUGUGACGAGCAUUGGCACCCAAGUGUUUCGAUGUACUUAUUUAAUGUCCUAUGCAAGACCCUGCGACAGGGGUUGUCGUUCUUCUGUAAUAUAUUCAUUCCGACGUGAGCUUUGUGUAUUCUGCUCUAAUGGUCUGUUCUGUGUACAGUUUGAAUAAAGAUCUGCUUACUAACACUU